AUGCCAGGCAAAAGUGAGUGGGCGCCGGCUUCCGCUUCCUCCCCGGCCGCCACUCCCGGCAUGCCCCGCGCCGUGGGAGGAGGAAGUCCGGGCGCUUCCGGCGCUCCGCGCGCGCUCUCCCCAAGCUGGGUCCCCCGGCAUGCCUUGCGGCCAGAGGCGGACCUAAGCGGAGAGGGGGACGGCGCAGGAAACUACAACUCCCGGCAUGCCGCGGGAAUGGGGGGGGGGAAACUGCGGCUAGCCGUUCUGAUAGCGGCGGAGGACGCCGGAAGAGCCCGAACAAACUGCACGGGGCGCAGUUUUAAAAUUGCAAUUAGCAGGCGGCUGAUUGCAAUUUUGCUUUUCCGCAUUCUGGUGUCGGCUGGAAUGCUGGCUGCUUGCCGUGGUCCGUGCCUCAUCUCAUCCCGGGCGAGGCAUCUCCAAAGUGCGGCUUCGCCAGGACGGUGGGAACAGGCCUUUAGAAGGCGUCCGGCGCUGCAGCUGUGUGGCUGGCCAAGUCCCGCAGUCCGAGUCGUCCUGCCCAGGUGGCUGGGCGUUUUGGCUCCUUCUCAACAGGCCCGGGAGCAAAACGUCCCUGAGCGCGCCAGAGACUUCAAACUGAUUUACCGGUUCCCUGGGAUCAAGUACUGCCGAGCCCUGUCGAGGAUGAAACUGCUGCAGACGGCCUUCACGGGGCUCAUUCUCCCACCGGCCUGGUUCCUCUGCUGGCAAAACCAAAUGAGCCAAGCCCAGUGCCUUUACAGCACGGGGAUCGCUUGCUUUGCCGGCGUCAUGCUGUACGCCAUGAGCUACUACUUCCGGCGCAUCAUCGGCAUGAUGUACCUGAACGAAGACGGCACAAUGCUUCGAGUGGCGCAUCUGACAUUUUGGGGGAGGAGGAACGACAUCUACUGCCCGGUCGAGACCGUGAUGACCUUGACCGACGUCGGCGACGACCAGAACGAACUUCUGCUCCGGUUCAAGCAGUACGGCGAGGACCGGUUUUUGUACUUCACUCUCCGCUUUGGGCAAGUUGUGGACAAAGAAGGGUUCACGAAGGUGUUUGGCAAAAUUUAG